AUAAUCGAUUAUUAUUAGUAGCGCGAUUUUCGUCAGGAAAUGAAGAAGUGUGUCUUCGUGUUAACGGCAAUCGCGUUUUUAGCGAUCGAUUGCCUCGAGAUUUCCAUCAUACACAUCAACGAUUUCCACGAUCGAUUCGAAGAGCAAUCGGAAACUUCGGGAAUAUGCAGGAACAGAUGCCACGGAGGUUUCUCGAGGAUGUACUCGAAAAUCCAGGAUUUGAUGAAGACCAGGAAGAAUCCUCUUCUCCUGAACGCCGGCGAUAACUUCAAAGGAACUCUUUGGUACAGCAUUCACAAAUGGAACGUCACUCAACGUUUCAUGAAUCUCCUUCCGUUCACCGCUUACACGCUGGGCAAUCACGAAUUCGACGAUGGAAUAGCCGGUGUGGUUCCUUUCAUCAAAACCAUGAAGGCUCCACUGGUCGUAUCCAACUUGGACGACUCUCAAGUACCGGAACUGCAGAACCUAUACAACAAAAGCAUCGUUGUUGAAGUCGAAGGAAAAAGGAUCGGUAUUGUCGGAGUGAUUCUAUCAACUACGAAUCAAAUAUCAAAUACCGAAAAUUUGAAAUUCCUAGAUGAGGUUGAGUCAGUUAAUAACGAAGCUUUGCGGUUGCUGCACGAAGAACAAGUUUUCACCGUCAUCGUUAUUUCGCAUUGCGGUUACGAUAAGGAGAUGGAAAUCGCGAAGAAAGCAGUCAAAGGAAUCGGACUGAUCGUCGGUGCUCACAGUCACACCUUACUCUACACCGGAACUCCACCUGAUGGUUCAAAAGCUUUAGGACCUUACCCGACUGUUAUCAAAAGGGAAAUCGACGAUGGAAAAGUCUUGGUGGUGCAGGCUUCCUCCUACACCAAAUACUUAGGAGAUCUUGUAGUCAAGUAUGAUGAUCUGGGAGAAGUCGAAUCGUUCGAAGGGAAUCCAAUUUACUUGGAUCACACUAUCCCUGAAGAUGAAACGGUUAAUAAGAAGAUGCAACCUUACAAGGAUGCCGUUGUUGCCAAAGGCAACCAGGUUUUGGGCGAGACCAAAGUCUUUUUGGACCAAUCCGAUUGCAGAUACAGUGAAUGCAACAUCGGCAAUUUCAUAACCGAUGCCAUGGUAUAUUACUACAAGGACAAGUCGGAAACUGGUGGAUCUUCUUCGAAAUUGGCCAUCUUCAACGUGGGCGGAAUACGCACCUCGAUUCCAAUUGGAAAUAUUACCUAUAACGAUAUGGCGAACUGUCAGCCUUUCGAGAAUACCAUAGAUGUGAGCGUCAUCAGCGGCCACUUCAUUAAAGCCUUCUUCGAGCAAACAGCCAUUCCUUACUACUUCAAGGAAUCCAGCAGAAACGUCAAUCUCUUGCAAAAUUCUGGUUUCAAAAUUGUCUACAACUUGAACAAUCCGAUUGGAAGCCGCGUCAAGUCCAUCAAAGUCUUGUGCAACGAUUGCCCGGAACCGGAAUACCAUGAUCUUGAUCCGAGCAAAGAUUACAAAUUGAUCACUGCGAGUUUCAUCACUAAGGGCGGGGACGGCUUCAAAGUGAUCUCGGAAAACUUGAGGAACGUGCAGGUGGGACCGGUGGACAUGGACGUUUACACCCACUACCUGAAGAACGAAUCGCCCGUGACCACAAGGAAGGAGGGUAGGAUGGUGUUCGAGGGUCGUUUCCAGAAACCCAUUCUCUACCGCAACAUAAAUUACUUUAUUUAAUCAUCUUCUUCAUAGUACUCUCAAUCCAAGCCUUGUAAUGCGACACCUUCACGUAAACGCCGGGCUUAUUGGCGUGACCGCAGUGCUGUCCCCAGGAGGUGAUGCCGUACAAGGUGUACACGCCGUCCUUCAGACAUGCCAGAGGUCCGCCGCUAUCGCCGUCGCAAGCGUCCACACCCUCAUCCAAACUGCCCGCGCAGAACAUCCCCUGCGUUAUUGCUGACCCGUAGAUGUGGGCCAUAUUGCAUACGUCCAUCGGUAGGAUCGGUAACCAACCUGCCCUAAGGUCGUGCGAGGCUUCUGGCAAACAAAAUAAACUAUUAUUUACAUCUUGCAAACUA